UUUUCUGUCACUCUAUUUUGCGCGUCUAUUUACACCACCCCUCACCCUCCCUUUGUUUCGUCCUAUUUCUCUCUCUUAAACCCCCCCUUUCUCUCUCUAAAAUCCACCCAAAUCGAAUUUUGAUUCAUACCCAGAUUUCACAAUUCACUAUAAAAAAUCCUACCCAGAAAGUUUUUUUUUUUUAAAACCCCCUCUUAAGGAUUGAUUUCGGGUUUUCGAUCAAUAAGUUAGAAUUCAAAGAAGAUCGAGAAUUUCAGAUACUCCAGAAGCCAGAACGUCGGAAGAAAUUGACCUAGAAAACUGUUUUCUUGAAUGGGUUCGGCGAUUGGGAAGGAAUCUGCAAUCGGGUCAACCCGACAACCGAAGAAAACGGGUUUAGGGGAUUUGCCUGAGAGCUGUGUUGCGACGGUGUUGAUGAAUUUGGACCCGAAUGACAUUUGCAGCUUGGCGAAAUUGAACAAGGCUUUUCACGGAGCCUCAUCUGCUGAUUUUGUUUGGGAAUCAAAAUUACCCCCAAAUUAUAAGCAGAUUAUUGAGAAAAUAUCUGAUGAAAACGAUGAUGAUAAUCUUCCUGUUUAUUCGUGUAAAAAGGAGAUUUAUGCGAGUUUAUCUCGAUUUAAUUCCAUUGAUGGCGGCUUAAAGAAGGUGUGGCUGGAUAAGAACACAGGAGGGAUCUGUAUGGCGAUAUCUGCGAAGGGUUUAUCAAUAAAUGGUAUUGAUGAUCGAAGAUAUUGGAGCCACAUUCCUACACAGGAAUCUAGAUUUCCAUCAGUGGCUUAUCUUCAACAGAUCUGGUGGUUUGAGAUCAACGGUGAAGUGGAGUUCCCAUUCCCUGAAGGAACCUACAGUGUGUUUUUCAGGUUACAACUGGGCCGACCCGUGAAGAAGUUUGGGCGCCGAAUUUGCAACACGGAGCAGAUCCAUGGGUGGAAUGUCAAACCCGUACAAUUCCAGCUUGCAACUUCAGAAGGGCAGCGAAGCGUCUCCCAGUGUUUCCUGGAUAGUCCGGGGCAGUGGCUUCACUACCACGCGGGUGACUUUGUGGUAAAGAAAUCAAACGGGCCAACGGUAGUGAAGUUCUCGAUGAUGCAGAUAGAUUGCACCCACACCAAAGGUGGUAUAUGUGUAGACUCUGUAGUGAUUUACCCUAGUUCAUUCAAGGAGAGGCUGAAGCGUUUUUGAAGGGCUUGGUCAUUCUCUAACUAGGUUUAGGAAUCUCUAUAUUAGAUGAGAUGUAGAUACUAUAUAGAGAGAAAUAGAGAGAGUAAGUAAGAGAGUGAGAGAGAGAGAGAGAGAGAGAGAGAGUAGCAGAGUGUCAUGAGUUUUUUUUAGUCUUCAGGCUCUGUUAUGUUAUGUGUGUGGCUCAUCGGCUGUAGUAUGUAGAGUGAGCAGUUUAUGGUGGAAAUUGACAAUUUAGGAAGUCAUUUCCAUCUCUGCUUUUGUUGUUUUAGCUUCAUAGUUGGUAUUUGAGGACAAUAGAUGCUUCGGUUGAAAAAAAACUAGCAACCUCUUGUUGUCCUUUAUUUUCAAUACAGUUCAGAUACUCUGUGUUGUUUGGAAGGUUUUUUGAAUUGGUUGAUCUUUAUUUUACUAAA